AAAAAUUGAAAUUAUUACCGUGGACUAAAAAUUAUAUUUCGAGCCUAAACGCGAUCUUGAUUUACGAAAGAAACAUCUCACUAGUUAAAAGAAAUAUUUACGCGAAUUAUUAACACACGAGAAAUAAAUUUAAGUGCAUAGUAAUUAAUUAAGAAUUAUUAACAUCCUGAAAUCUUUUAAACGGUGUAAAAAAAAUUAAAAUAUUAUUUUUUAUUUUCAUUAUAUAUGAGUUGAAAAUUACCUUUUUUAUGAAGAAAAAAAAAAGUUUAAAAAGGAGGCGGUACAGAGCCUUACAUUAUUAAUUUUGGACAUUUCUUGGGUUACCUUUCCCACAUGACAUAAAGGGGACAGUCAGAGAGCAUGAAAUUAAAUAAAACGAUACUUGCAUUUAGAAGAAGGAAAAUCUCUCUCUAAAAAGUUUCAAGAGGAGUGCUAAAGACAAAAAAAAAAAAAAAAGGGUAAAGAAUUAAUCCUUAAACCGUAUAUAAACGGUUCAAAUUCAAUAUGCAGUGCAGCUGAGACUUUAAGGAUUAAUUCUUUGUCCAUUUUCUUUGUAAAAUACAUCUCAAAAUCACAAGAGUUCUUCGAAAACCAAACCAAACCAAGAGUUUAAUCCUCCUGAUUUUCCUUAGUCAUGAAAACCAAACCAAACCAAGAGUUCUUCGAAGUUCAAACACAAUAAUACUGUAACCAAUGGGUUGUUCUUGCUCACGUUUCAGCAUCAUCUCCCUAUGGGGCACCUACAUCCGACACACUUUCGCGGCCGCGGGCCUCUCGUCCCAGGCCAUCCACGUCGACGACGAAACCACCAUCCAAUUUUGGGGCCCAAAAUCACCCGAUCCCACCAAUCCAAAACCACCUCUUGUUUUACUCCACGGCUUCGGCCCCGACGCCCACUGGCAAUGGCACCCGCAGGUGGCAUUUUUCGCCCGAGAGUUCGAGCUUUAUAUACCCAACCUCGUGUUUUUCGGCGAUUCCACUACCAAGUCCGCGGAGAGGUCGGAGAUGUUCCAGGCGGUUUCGGUGGGGAAGCUGAUGGAGAAGCUGGGGGUGAAGAGGUAUUACGUGGUGGGGACGAGCUACGGGGGUUACGUGGCGUACCAUAUGGCGGCGAUGUGGCCGGAGAGUGUGGAGAAGGUGGUGAUAGCGAGCUCUGCGGUGAAUUGGAAGCAGAGAGAUAACGAGGAGUUUUUGGAGAUGAGAGCGAAAGUUGAGAGUAGAGACGAGUUGUUGUUGCCGGAGACGGCAGCGCAGUUGAGGGGUUUGCUUGCUACUAUGAUUCACCGGGGAAGUCACGGCUACAUGCCCGAUUUCUUGUUGAAUGACGUUAUUCAGAAUAUGUACUCAAGAAACAGGAAGAUGAAGAUAGAACUCCUGGAGGGGUUGCACGUUGGGAAGCAUGACACAAUAAAUAUAUCUCCUCUUCAUCAGGAUGUGUUCCUUGUUUGGGGAGAACAUGACCAACUAUUUCUAAUGGAGAAAGCUACCGAACUCAAGGAGCUUUUGGGAGAGAAGACCAAACUCGAAGUGAUAAAGAACACUGGUCACGCGCCUCAAAUCGAAAAACCAGCUCAAUUCAACAAAAUUGUGUACAAGUUAUUAGUUGGGUCCUCCUCACCUCCUCGUGACUGCAAUAGGGGGAAAAAAUUGCAAUAAUGCAUAAUCGCUCUUUGAUUAUGUUAGUCUUUAUUUUAUUUUUAUGGGCUCGAUUCACUGUUCUUCUGUUUUAGUUGGUUAUCAGUUGUCAUUGUAUGACUUGCUCUAUAAUUGACUUAUUUGUAGAUGUCGUAUGACGGAUAUUAAUGAACUGGUUUGGUCUUCCGAUUGACAAAAAAAAAUACGCGAUAAAAUUAUUCUCUUAACUUUUGUGCUUCUUGCAUCC